UGACGCAACACGAUUAAUUCACGAUAAACAGAAACGAGUUUCCGUCGAUCGGUCGACAGGAUCUACGGAAGAAUUCAGUCAACAUCAUGGAGAGUCUGAGCGAAGGCGAUCGAGCUGUCCUAAAUACAAUCUUCGAUCCUCUUCAACUCGGUCUGCCUAAUUUUUCACAAGAAGUUGAAGAGGCAACAGAUACGUUGGAAGAGGAUAAUUUAGAACCGCACGUGUCGGAAAUCGUGAGGAAGGCGAUAAUCUGCGCGGAAGCGAAGAACUUUGACGAGUCUUUUCGACUUUUCGACGAGGCAUCAAAGCGAGCGCCAGAAUCACCAUCGAUUCUAAACGACAGAGCACAAGCGUUACGUUUAGCGAAUCGAGACGAAGAGGCUUUGAAGGAUCUGCAUCUGGCGGUGGAAUUGAGCCGAGGAGAAGGAAGAGCGGGUAUCCAGGCGCUCUGUCAACGUGGCGCUCUUUAUCGCUGGAUGGGACAGGACGAUGAGGCCAGGAAAGACUUCGUACGUGCGGCCAAGGCUGGUUCGAGCUUCGCUAAAGAGCAAUUGAUCGCUCUGAACCCUUACGCAGCUAUGUGCAACGCGAUGCUGCGCGAGAUCACUUCCAAGGCCAAUUGCUCUUAAUCUAACUCCGUGGGAUUGCAUCUUGAAACAAUGAACAUCAUUUAAUAGAUAACGCUUUAUUUUAUCUUUUAUUUCGAUAUAGAUAAACUCACGACUGGUAGAUCUACAUAGAUCCUGAUAUUAUGGUAUAAUCGCAAAAUAUCAUAAUAAUAUAACAAUAAUAUAAUUAGAAAUUUCGCAUAAAAAUAUAAAUUAUUCGUCUGUAUCAAAUCGGGAAUAUAUUUCUUUGUAAAAUUGGA